AUGGAUCGUCAAUGCAUCGAUGAGCCUCCACCAUGCCUGUGGUCAAUUUUUUUGCAAAGUUUCCUGGACUAGCCUCUGACUAGAACUUCGGUCUGCGUUCUUGCAUAUCGUUCAGGAUGUCCAUUGAUUGGUCGGAAAAGCAGGGACCUUCUCAUCCAUGGUAUGAUUGCGAAGUUUAUUAUAGGAGGAUGAAGGCGCGAGUCGAGGAACAUUUGGCCGGGCCAGCCGUGACAGGCGCCUCGAUGACCUCCAAAUGUCCGCAUGCAAUCCUCGACGGUGGCGCUCCGUCCUGGCCCUGUACAUAUCCUAUUCACACUCACUUUCUCUCCUUCUGUCCCUUACGGCCAUCUUUUGUGCGUACAUAUUUCACCUUCUAGUGCGCCAUGCCUGUCAAUAAUGUCUCCAGCAAAACUGAUGUAUAUCCACCGCUCAAAUUCCAUUCACAGGCUUGCAGCGAAUCCUUUCCCGAUCUUGCCUUACCUGAGCAGUGCGCUCUAGGAUACCCGCCCUUGAUACGCCUUAAAGUGCGAGGGAAACAGCAAAUACCUCAUACCUCUAUCGUACAUACCCCCACCGUUUUCUUGGGGUCUGGGCCUCACAUUACAUCCGGACACAAGCCUACACUUCCCCCGGGUCAUUUUGAAGAUGGAUUCCCAUGCAGGCCCCAGCGGAUCGCAGGAGGGACAUCAGGCGCGUUCUUCAAAUAGGUCUAAGCAGCCAAAGGAGAUCUUCGUUAGCGUUGAGACCUAUGUGUCUUCUAAGACGGCUAAGGUAACGGCCAAGAACCACUUAUCGCGAAGCAAGACAGAUAGGCGUGAGCGCCCGAAUUUGGCUCCUCAUGAUCAUUCGAAGAAGGUUAAAGAGAAGUCCAGUUGGAUCAGCCUCCCUAAAUCAAAUACUCAAGUCGACCAAUGGAGACCAGCAACAUGCAAGUUGGUAGAGGAAGAAUCGGGCUGCACUCUCAAGAUCUAUAUUGAUCAAACAUAUCUGUAUAUGACUAUCAGGAUACACUUGCUUUACUAUACCGAUAUCCGCCGCAUACACCAUUCGGUGUACAGUAAUAAAAACUGUCUAGGCAUAUUCUGCGACUCAUCCGAUCGGGCCUGGUGCCCAACUGGCAAUGUCGACUCGGCUUGCCUUAAAUUUGAAGAUAGUGACGCGCUCAAUCUGUGGAUGGGAUUACUUCGCUCAUAUACUGCACCCGAGAUUUAUGGCCGUCGGUUCAGUACACGGGAUGGCGGGCUAUAUCGUAUGUGGCGACAAGUCUACGUGCAAUGUCAACACGGUCGCAACCUCGGAAGUACGCGGUCAAUCCAAGAUGAUGGUCAACCCAGCGACUACGAUUCUAACGUCCAAGUAAUUGACAUGGAUGUGUACUGCGAAUUGUAUUUCAAUGGCCACUUGUCUGGUCGCACGACCACGCAGAAAGGCAUCGGCUCGCCGGAUUGGCGAGAAGACUUCCUCUUUGAAGACCUCCCUCCUUUCGACCAGUUCGAGAUCAGACUCUUUCGAGAUAGGCGGCUUGCGAAACCUACCAAGAUUGGCACUGUUCCGCUCCCCCUGCCUAAUUUCCGUCGUGGAGAGUGGGUUGAAGGUUGGUUUCCAGUUCUUUCGGAUAAUGGACAUGUGGACAUGCGAGUAGGCGACUUGAAGCUUAGAAUUAGAGUGGAGGAGGAGAUCAUCCUUCCGUCAAGCGCGUAUACUCAAAUGUGGAACGUUUUCCAAUCCAGAAACCUUUUGGAAUGGAUUGACGAAUUUAAAAGUCGAUGGAAGCUCGAGCACAUACAGGAACCAAUACAACAGAUCGCAAUGGCGAAAGACAUGCUGUUGAACACUAUCAUGGAAAUGGUUGAUCGCGAAGUCGAAAAUGCGCAGGGCGAAUCACAUGUCACUAUCUUUCGAGCAGCUUCUCCAUUAACGAAAGCAAUCCAGGCCUUCAUGAAAUUUCGAGGCCAGGAAUUCCUGGAAGCCAGUGUUGGGGCAAACAUUCGCAGGUUCCGUGCAGAGAAGGUUAUUAUCGACGUCGAUGCAGUGCGGUCGGACAAACAUACAAAGACUGUCGAACGCAACGUUUCCACAUUCGUACAGUGGUGUGAGAUAUUUUGGAAGUCUAUCUAUGACGCCCGUACACAGUGUCCAAGCGAUAUGCGCAAGUUAUUUGCCUAUAUUCGCAAGCAGAUAGAACAACGUCUAACUUCGACAAAUCGCGAGCUGUCAUGGCAAAUUGUCUCCUCCUUUCUUUUCCUACGUUACCUUUGUCCAGCCAUCCUCUACCCUCAUUUGUAUGACAUCUGUCCAGGGAUGAACGAAGAGCCGGUACAUCGUUCCCUUACUGAAAUUGUAAAAGUUAUGCAAAGUCUGGCGAAUAUCAACCCUGGCCAAAAUGCUCCGCCCGCUGCUCGGGAUUUCCUAGCAAAUACAUCCAAUGCAAUGAUCGAUUACAUCCUUAUGGUAUCCUCUACAGAAAAUUUGGGCGAAUCACCACCUUCCAUGCCACCCGUGAAAAUGGAACGAGACCGGAUGCGUGCAAUGCAAGCAUUGAACUAUCGAAUCUCCCAUAGCCCGACACUCGUUAAGGAGGCUAUCCCGGUCUCACCACAGGCCCUUGAUGUGCCGAGACAGCUCGCCAUUGUCAAUAGCCUCGUCGUUCGUCAUGCCAGACGCAACCACUAUCCCAUUCGAUCCAAUCGUCCUGCCGAUCGCUUGUUUAACGAACUAUGCUCGAAGUGUCUAGAUGUGGAGGAACAAGCUCUCCGGCGAGUCAAUCAACUUGCGAAGCGGCCUCCCCAACCCGCACCUCCCCAACCUACUAGUCCCAUAUCACCCAGUACCCCACCAUUCUCUCAUAUUCCUUCUAGCCCGUCUUCGACUUCAUUCCAGAUCAUCCCCACUCAUCGAGAACGGAAGGCUUCCUUACAUGGAAAACAGAAGCGAGCGAAGAAAGUACCCCGCCCGUCGACUGCACCCUCCCAGACUGAUUCUGAUGGCCGUUCGCAGUCACAGGAUUACAAAACUGAUAUAUCCGUACCUCCAAGUCCUAUUACCGGAAACAAUCUGUCCCGGAUUUUUUCUCGGACAUCUAUAUCCAGUAGACAACCUAGUAUCCCCAUACCUUCGAAAGAACAAGAUGACACGUCCAAUCAGGGGGGCGAACCCAAAUCUCUUCCCUCCGGUCGUGCACCUUUCCUUCACCACCCUAGAUCAACAUCCACCGAUUCUGCCCUAACGCGGAAAACUGCACCCAAGUCAAAUACCCCCAUGUCUCCUACGGCGCCCACAGCAUAUACGGAGCCGGCAUCACCUGAUAGUGUAGACGACUUGGGAAAGAAGGGUAUCUUUCGUAGAUUGGUGCGGCGAUAGCCUUACCAUUGUAUCUUAACUGUAUUCGUUCACUUGCUUUCUUGUUCUCUUGUAUACUUGCAAACUGACUGACUAUUCCGGUAUUAAUCCCGUCUCAUUGAUUGUUACAUACACGCUGGGUAUCAUUAUUAGUCCUGUGUCAGUAGUAUCCUGUACACUGUAAUACAAACUUGUAAAUUAUGCAAAUAACAAAACAUGGAGGAAGAUUGGAACUGCAGAGCAAA